GACCACCUUGAAGAUGAAACAAUGGCGCAACCGUGGAAAAGCAACGCGUCAAAAAACAAAAGAGUGGGACGUGACAAGAUGACGUGGCAUACUCUGUGGACUCUGGUUCGUGAUAAGGUACCUGCAUACCUGGCGAUUCAAUAGCGCUUUGGCUGGUGAACAUUGACGACGGUUGGAGAGGAGCAUCGAUAUGAGCCUUCUACCACCGGAGGAUGAGCAAGAUGAUAUUGAAGUGGCUUGGGAGGACCAACAACGCAUCAGCUCGUUCUCCAAGCUCAACAACAGGCUGACAGACAUACAAGAUCAGCUCAAAUUGAAGCAGGUCAGUAUCUCUCAAUCGACUCUGCCACUGGGCUUCCAAAGUAGGGGUUUUAGAGCUGAAAAUUCCCCCCCUCAGGAAGAGAAGGAAUACUAUGAUGACUUGUCCACCGAGUUCAUGCUGGCCGACUCAUCAUCCGGUCCAUUCCUCUACAGGAUAGGUGAAGCAUUCUUCUACCUCCCUCUCAAAGACGCCAAGAAACAAUUGAAAGGCGAUUUGAGCCGGUACAACAGAGAGAUUUCAGAUCUGAAUGACAGAGCAGAAGAGUGUCAAAAGGGAAUGAAAGAGCUCAAAGUUAUGUUGUAUGCCAAAUUUGGCAAGCAGAUCAAUCUCGAAACGAACGACGAGUAAAUUGCCCCUCGCAUCGAUGCACAGAUAUCCAGCAUGUAU